ACGAGAACGCGAAGGGCUCCCGAGCCUCUGUCGCCGCUCUCACUCCUCACUCGGCACACUCAGGGCACGCCACGCGGGCUGGGCUCUCUGACUCGCAGCGCUCGAAGAUUACUCCGUUUUAGCUCCCCCACCGCCACCCCCCCCCCCCCCCCCCCAGGGAGAAGGAGGGAGGGAGGAAGGGGGGAGAGACCCACAUCGUCUUGGAGCUUCCCCGAGCCGAAGCCGACUGGAGCGCUGCUGGUGCCGCUGGUGGUGCCCGCUUGGCUCACACCGCACUCACGCAGAGCCAAGGAGCCCCCCCCCCCCCCCCCCCCGAUACCGUCUCGUCGGCUCCGUGAUGUCAUCUGCGAAGGAGGAACGCGCGCGUCUCCACGACCAUGUUUAAGGUGGACGGGAAUAGUGCAGCGGUACAACGAGGAGGAUUCGUUACCGGAAUUCACAAUACGGUUGAGUAUGGGGAAUGCUGUUGUGGCUGUUUUAAUGCUACUUGAAAUCUUAGCACGAAACUGGGAUACGGUCUGUGAAGCGAAGAGUACACGUCCAACUGUAAAUAUAACUGUUAUCUUCGGCUGGAGCGCGCUGGGCAUUCCGGACAUACUGAAUACGGACGACCUCUCCGGCAUCCCGGUGGCGAUCAACCUGAAGAACAAAGUACUGAACGAGACGAGUCCCACUGGCAUCAUCAACCAGCUAUGCAGCCUGGUGUCCUCGGAGAGAAUGAACGGAAUUGUGUACGGUGACGACACCAGCCAAGAAGCCAUCGCUCAGAUUUUGGAUUUUAUAUCGUCGCAGACGUUACUGCCCAUAGUUGGCAUUAACGGUGGCGCUUCCAUGGUCAUGAGCGGAAAGGAGAUGCGGUCGAUGUUUUUGCAGUUUGGAGCUUCGGUGCAGCAGCAUUCCAACAUCCUGAUGCGCAUUCUGGAGGAGUACGACUGGAACAGCUUUUCCAUCAUCACCAGCUUCUACCCCGGCUACCACGACUUUGUCAAUCACAUUAAGCACAUCACAAUCAACAGCUACUUCGGCUGGGAAAUUCAGACCAUCGUCUCCAUCGACGUGAAGAAGGACGACGACAUCGCCAUCCGCAUGCAACUGAAGAAGGUGCACACGCAGGUCAUCGUGCUGUACUGCUCGAGGGACGAAGCCGAGUUCCUCUUCCACAUGGCAAACAGCGUCGGCCUCAUGGGGCCUGGCUUCGUGUGGCUGGCCGCUGGCCUGUCGGUGGAGGACGGCGAAAUCAUUCCCCUCGGCUUCCCCAUCGGUCUCAUCACGGUCGCGUUCAAUGACCUGGACUACAGUUUCUCGCAACGCAUGGCGGAUUCGGUGGCCAUCAUCGCCUCGGCUGCCCAGCGCACCUACCAGGAUUACGGUCACAUCCCCGAGGCAAAGACGGGCUGCGACUCGCAGCCCGACGAGGUGCCAGAAGAAAACAAUAUAUUUUACGAGUAUUUGAUGAAUGUAAGCUGGCACGAUAAAGACCUCUCGUUUAAACGCGACGGCUACCUCGCCAAUCCUCCCAUGGUGGUGAAAGUUCUCAACAAAAAGCGCACGUGGGAGAAGGUCGGGAUGUGGGAGAAGGACCGGCUGUCGCUGAAAUACCCUCUGUGGCCGCGCUACGAGCUGUCCGAGUCCACGGUGAUGGACGACCGCCACCUGAGCGUGGUGACACUGGAGGAGAAGCCCUUCGUCAUCGUGGAGGACGUGGACCCCCAAACACGCAUGUGCAUGCGCAACACCGUCCCCUGCCGCCAGAAGAUCAAGCUGUUCAGUAAUAUGACCAAUCCAUCUUCGAGCCCAUACGUGAAGAAGUGCUGCAAAGGGUUCUGCAUCGACAUCUUGAAGAAGCUCUCCAAAACCGUGAAAUUCACUUACGACCUUUACCUGGUCACCAACGGCAAGCACGGGAGCAAGAUCAACGGGGUGUGGAACGGAAUGAUUGGCGAGGUGGUGAACAUGCGGGCCCACAUGGCCGUUGGAUCGCUCACGAUCAACGAGGAACGCUCGGAGGUGGUGGACUUCUCGGUCCCGUUCGUGGAGACGGGCAUCAGCGUCAUGGUGCCUCGGAGCAACGGGACCGUAUCGCCGUCCGCGUUUCUUGAGCCGUUCAGUGCCGACGUCUGGGUCAUGAUGUUCAUCUUGUGCUUACUCGUGUCCGGAAUAGCCGUCUUCAUCUUUGAAUACUUCAGUCCCGUUGGCUACAAUCGACAGCUGUCAGCCGGAAAGGAAUUCGGAGGGCCGGCGUUCACCAUUGGCAAGUCCAUCUGGCUUCUCUGGGCCAUCGUGUUCAACAACUCGGUGCCAGUGGAGAACCCGCGGGGAACCACCAGCAAGUUCAUGGUCUCCGUUUGGGCUUUCUUCGCCGUAAUUUUCCUCGCCAGCUACACGGCCAAUUUGGCGGCCUUCAUGAUCCAGGAGGACUACAUUGACCAGGUUUCAGGUCUCAGCGACAAAAAGUUCCAAAGCCCGCUGGAACAUUCACCGCCGUUCCGGUUUGGAACUGUUCCAAACGGAAGCACGGAGCGUAACAUUCGAAAUAAUUACCUACAAAUGCAUGGCUACAUGUCAAAGUUCCACCAAAAGUCCGUAGAAGAUGCUUUAAUGAGCCUGAAAGCAGGGAAGCUCGAUGCGUUCAUCUACGACGCAGCGGUGCUGAACUAUAUGGCGGGGAAGGACGAGGGCUGUCGCCUCGUCACCAUUGGGAGUGGAAAAGUGUUCGUGGCUACAGGAUAUGGCAUUGCCCUGCAGAAGAGUUCCCGUUGGAAAAGAGCCAUAGAUUUGGCUCUCCUGCAGUUUAUCGGUGACGGCGAAAUGGACGAACUGGAGAUGAUCUGGUUGACGGGCAUCUGCCACGGCGAGAGGAACGACGUGAUGAGCAGCCAGCUGGACAUCGACAACAUGGCGGGAGUGUUCUACAUGCUGCUCGUGGCCAUGGGCCUGAGCUUCAUCGUCUUCGUGUGCGAACACUUCUUCUACCACGUGGGACGCCACUGCGUGAAGAAUAAAGAGAACGACGAGCCGGGCCUCCUCUAUUCCAUAAGCAGGGAAUUGUACAGCUGCAUUUACGGAAUUGAAAUUUCCAAUCGAAAGAAAUACAUGCAGUCGCCGAAGAAGCGUGUGAUGGACACAAAUUCGAGCAUCGUGAGGUUACUGAAAACCGCGCGUAGCAUGGCCAACCUGACUCACAUCAACGGGAGCAAUUCCACUCCUCACCGCAGCAGCAGCAACAACGAACGGGCACCCCAACCGACCCACGGCAUGAACGGGCCCUACCACAGAACGUCGAUAAACAACUCGGUCCUGUACAACCACAACCCGUCUUCGCACCGCUCCAGCCUGCGGGAGACGAGCUUUCACGAGAGCGACGCCGCGUCGCAGUACCGCUCCAACGCGAGGCUGUCAUCGCGCGGUUCCUUUUCCCUGAAGGAGCAGGAGCAGAUCCACCCCUCGGUCCGGGCAAACUCGGUCAACACGACGAUCCACGAGUUCGGCGAGGCGGAGCGCAACAUGGCGAGGUCUCGCCACGCCUCCGAGAGGCCCCGGGACCUGGCCCCGGGCCUGCGGGGCAUGCGGAGGAGCGCGUCCCAUGCCUACAUCGCGUCGCAGAAAAUGUACAAAAACGGAUCGGAGCUCGGCAGGGGCUACGUGUCGGACCUAGAAGACAUACGGGAGCACAGCCCCAUCCUGAGGCACGACGCCUACAGGGAGAAGAACGUCCCCUACAGAAAGUUUGAUCGGAACCUGCGCGACGGCGGUCGACUCCCGGGACGCUUCUCGCUCAAGGAGAAAGAACUCUACGGGAUGCCGCCCCCGCGUAUAAUGACCAAAUAUGCAUCCAUGGACUGGAAAGACCCAAAGAUAUUCACCCGCGAUGCCCCCAACGUCCUGGAACCGGCGGCGGCGGCGAAGAAGAGGUCACUGUUCAAGCGAAGCGACAGCUUCGUCGAGCAAGAGGCCACCAUGCGUUCUACCUCCUCCAUCGGAUCGUACUUCCCGCAGCACGAGGAGUGCAGCGGCUGCAGGAUGAAAUGCCACGAGGUCGCGCCGAUGAGCGUGCACAAGGGGGAGCCGGCUCACCCGUCCCGGAGCUGCCCGGGCCACUCCAAGUGGUACGGCAACACGCACGGCGGCGCGCGUCACCAGUGCGUCGGCUGCAAGUGCCCCGGCAUCGCCGACAAGAAGGCCGCGGCGGACCACGGGGAGCGCUACAUCGCGGAGCGGCAGAAGCGGCCGCGCGGCGACGACGAGUGCUCCUUCAGCUCGUUCUCGUCGCACAACGUGCACAGCGCGCCGCCGAAGGAGUCCCACCACAAGCACGGUUACGCGCCCGAGUACGACAAGCCGGCGGAGAUGUACUCCUCCUCCGCGGCCGCCGCGGCCAAGGGCGACUUUGCGGAGGGGAAGUUCGGAGACACCGACGGUGCCGAGUCGGUGCGGACGAUGCACUGCUACCGGCCGGGCAACUCCGGCGACGCGGAGGCGGGGCUGCAGCACGGCCGCCACCAGCCGCCCGAGUGCCAGCCGCACAAGGCCUUUGCGGAUUCGUACCCCGAAUCCCUGAGCUCGUCCUACACCGACCGGGGUUACUUGAACACGACUAACUUCGGUCGACGGGCGGCCGCCGCUGAUCAAGCACACAACAGACACUUCCCUCCCAUCAAUAAAUCAGAGGGCAUGGGCUGGGUUCAAAAACACAACUCAGCGGAAGAAAUUCAACUUUGUAAUCAAGACACAGUUGCCAAAAUGCCUUAUUUUCUAAGCAAGACUGAUGGGUGGACAGUACCACGACCCAUCAAUAGUACUUGCAUUAGAAGGGUCUACAGCAAGCUGCCAAGUGUGGAAUCAGAAGUCUGAAACUUGGUGUACAUAUAUAUAAUUUAUACAGUGCUGUAAUCUGCUGUACAAGAAUACCUGUGAAUAUUUAACAUUAAUAUUGUACAUAAAUGAAAUGUUCAAUUUUGCACUUAAAUGCUUCCGUCUUGGCACUCUUCUUUAUACAAUCUGCAUGGUUUAUUGGUGACUUUUCACUUGAAAAAUUAACUGUUCUAGUUUAAAACAUUAUUAUAAUUAUUUCCUAAAGUAGAUUGUCAUCGACAUAUGUACACAAUGUGUGGAGUUUGUAUAAAAUAAAAAGGGUAGAUUAAAAAAAAAGUUCCAAAAAGAGUAAUUUGCAUGGAAAAUACCACAUUUUUCUGUGGAAAGCAAUAGGAAGCAUGAAGUCUGCGACCUCUGAGAGGCGGUACAGAAAACUGCUCUCGUGCGACGUGGCAAAUUUACAAUAAGCCAUAUAAACCAUCGUAACGUUUAUUUUCUCAUUAUUCAAAUUAUCUUCAAGCGACGUGAGCAAAUUUCGGGCUAAAAUUUAUACACAUUUUAAAAAGGCUAAAAAAAAUCCUCGCCGCGCAUUUCUUUCAAAGUUGACGGCGCUUGGCACAAAUCCGUCAUUUGGCACCGCGUUCCCACGCGACAAUGGGUAGAGUCCUGACGUCUAACGGAGAACGGUUCCUCGUACAGUAUGUACUGCCUUAAAACGUUAACAUUCACCUACCCAAGUACAUAUUAUUAUUUAAAUUAUGAAACAUAUCAAAUGAGAGCGACUAAUUUGAUAUUUAUUUUGGUAAGGCGUUGUCACGUGUUCAAAAAAAAGUAUCCGCAGAUGAAUGUGCAAAUUUCCUUGCUCACUGCAUCACAGGUUGACCAAUUCCAGGGUUCGAUGUAAAGUAUUGUUUAAAGCCAUAUAAACCUUUCAGUGCACCUCCAAUGAUUUCCCUCCACAUUUUGUGCUUGUAUAUAUAAAUCUCUCUCUCUCCAUACAAACCCUAUACUACAACCUUUUUGUAAGAUAAAUACCCGUGUCGUUAUAUAUACACACACCAUUUUUAAUGUGACAGGGUAAAUACAAUACAAUUCUGUUUAAUUGUACCGUAGCAAAUCGUUUUACAUUCAAAUAGGUAAAGAGGGCUAAAUAUUUAGUAGGAGAUAUGCUUUUUCCAUUUUUCCAUACACGGUGUUAGAUUAGUAGCCAUUGUGUUAUUUAUUUCUUUGCAGUUAACACACAUACUAUGUGCAUGCAUUUUUACCUUCUACAUUUUUGUAGCAAAAUAAUAUAAAUUAUCGCAUUUACCUUUACAAUCGUUUGCAGUUCGUAGAGCUACAUAUGCUUUGUUUUGUAUGGCUGCAGCCGAAUGGCCCCACACUCUUGAGGCCCCUUCGUCACUCUAGUCCCGCGGUGUGGGAUUUUGACGUCAUUUCAUGGAGGUUUAUGGUGCAAGGGAUGCAUUUCCACACACGUCACAUCCGAAGCCACCAGGUGUAAAAUACUGCGUGUUAUACAUUCCUUGCUUAGCGUUCGCCAGUGAUCUUUUUUAAACGGAAGACGUGUAUAAUAUAUAACUAUAUCAACAAGUUAGAAGUUUACACUAAUUAACACAUUUCUCAUUCAUCAUUUUACUUCCUUUCACUGCCGGUUUGAAGAUUUCCAUCCAUCGUGUCUACACAUGGCAAUAUUAUAACCGAAGCUAUAAAACCUACAAAUCUAGCAAAUCCUUUCCGAUAAUAAAAUGGGUUCGUGGUCGUGUGGUUUUAGCCAAUAUCACAAGUUAGUAUAUGGAAGAUGGAGUCAAUAUUUAGGUGUGACACGGUUUUUAUAAUAAGAGUAAUGUUGUUUUAUUAUUAAUCAACAUCUGCAAUGUGCUCAAGAUCCCUUGUUGUUUAACCUACAUGUAUUAAAAUUUGACCACAUUUACUUGAAACUGCUUAUUUUGACCGAAUAAAUUUCAUGAAUUUAAAAUCAA